AUGGUCUGUGCAGGCGCAGAAAGAGACUCAAUUUUACGAGGUAGGCAGCCACUCAGGGAUUGGGAAUACCUCAGUUCAGCAAACAAGGUGUUCAAAUUGGAGUACUUUAGCCCGGGAAACUCAAAAGUCCGUUAUUUAGGCAUAUGUUACAACACACCACCUGAUUAUGGGGAAGCCAACCUUCCACUUUAUGAUCGAACCGUGUGGGUGGCCAACCGUAACAAUCCGAUUGCCGAUGCAUCAGGGAGUCUUUUCAUUGACACUGAUGGAAAGUUGAAGAUUACUUCCAGAGGAGGCGAUAUUACAAGUGUUUUUAAUUCAGCCCCAGUAGCCAGUAAUGACGCAAGUGCUAUACUGCUAGAUAAUGGCAAUUUUGUUCUGAGAGAACUGAAUCCGGAUGGUUCUGUAAACCAAACCUUGUGGCAAAGCUUUGAUUAUGCUACAGACACGAUUCUACCUGGAAUGAGGAUGGGUAUCAAUUUCAAAACAGGGCAUCAGUGGUCGCUUACUGGUUGGAUAAGCAAAGAAUCACCAUCAUCAGGUUCAUUUACCAUUGGUGGAGACCCAAAUGGCACAAACCAAUUGAUAAUAUGGUAUAAGGGAAAUGUGUAUUGGACUACUGGCAUUUGGAACAAUGGACGUUUCGCCAACCUUGCCAAAUUACUUGAUGGUGACUUCAGUUUCGUUUCAAAUGAGAACGAAAAGUACCUUACGUAUUCAGUAAAUGAGAAUAUAUCUUUCUUAUAUUACAGAAUAGAUCCAUCUGGUAUCGUGAUGGGAAUAGUAUUAGGAUCCUUUGGUGAUUGUUCUUUCUCAAAACCGGAUGGAGGAUGUGUGAAAAAGACAUUGCCUGAUUGUAGAAAGCCUGAUUAUUGGUUCGAGAGUAGGGUGGGUUACAUGCGGGGUGAUGGUUACAGAUUUGGUGAAAGUUACAACCUUAGUAUUUUUGAGUGUCAGGAAAAGUGUGAGCAGAAUUGUUCGUGUGUUGCUUAUGCUUCUCGCACCACCCAAUAUGGAACUGGUUGUGAGAUUUGGAAUAAAGAAACGAACUUCUACGCAUCUGGAUAUGCAGACAGGGAGAUUUUUGUUCUUAAAAGAGAUACAGGGAGUGAAUCCACUUAUGUUCGUGAGAAGCACAAACUGGCAGCUAGAAAGUGGUGGAUAUGGCUUAUUACUGCAUUCGGUGGGACAACAUUACUGGCAUUCACCACCUUUUGCUUUUUUAACGUCCGAGUAAAAGGGAUGGUCAGAACAAAAGCACGAAUACUGCUAAAUGAGCUCGAAGAUACUAUCACUGCUCCAGGCAAAUACAGCCAAUCCAGUGAUACAAUGGAUAAGAAGAUGAGCCAAGUGAACAUUUUCAGCUUUGAAAGUAUUGCCAUGGCCACAAACAAUUUCGCCGAUGAGAAUAAGCUUGGACAGGGGGGCUUUGGACCAGUUUAUAAGGGAGCAUUACCUGGUGGACAAGAGAUAGCUAUAAAAAGACUUUCAAGAAGCUCGGGACAAGGGCUGACAGAGUUCAAAAAUGAGAUUCAAUUGAUAGCCAAACUCCAACACACUAAUCUUGUUAGGAUUUUAGGAUGUUGCAUUCAAGGGGAAGAAAAAAUUUUAGUAUAUGAGUACAUGCCUAAUAAAAGUUUAGAUUUCUUCCUCUUCGAUUCGAGCAGAGGAGAAUUACUAAAUUGGACUGACCGAAUGAACAUUAUAGAAGGAGUUGCUCAAGGACUACUCUACCUCCACAAAAUCUUUGGGGUGCAACAAACUGAAGCAAACACCAAAAGAAUUGUUGGAACAUACGGCUACAUGUCUCCUGAGUACGCCAUAAAAGGCAUCGUGUCAAUGAAAUCUGAUGUAUUUAGUUUUGGAGUUUUACUACUUGAAAUUGUGAGUGGCAAGAGAAAUCAUAGCAGCCACCCAUUGGGGCACCACCCGUUCAACCUCAUAGGACUUGCAUGGGAGCUUUGGAUGGAAGGUAGAGUUCUAGAGCUAAUGGAUUCAAGACUGGAUGAUUCGAGCCACGAGGAUGAAAUCAUGAGAUGUAUUAAUGUGGGUUUGUUAUGCGUUCAAGAUCAGCCCGGUGAUAGGCCGUCCAUGACAGAUGUGGUUUCAAUGCUUACAAAUAGUACGGUGCAACUGCCGGCACCAAAACAACCAUCAUUCUUUACUGAAAGCAGUUCACAAGAAGGGAAAAGUGAAAUUACGACAGAAAAUUAUUGCUCCAAUAUAUUGUCAAUUUCAGUAAUGGAAGCUAGAUAA